AUGAUGGGAAAACGAAUAAGAAAGCGUGGUGUAGGACCAUUCCCCUGCUCCUAUACUUCAUGUGGUAAGGUAUUUUCAAGAUCAGAUCAUUUGAGAAGACAUAUGCUGAGUCAUGAUCCUACAAAACGUUUGCGAUGCAGAGUCAGUACGUGUACGAAGUCGUUCACACGAAACGAUGCAAGAAAAGUACAUGAGAAAACACACAUAGAUACCCCUCCAGCAAUUGAUUUGCUUCAUGAUCUAGAGAACUCCACCUUUCGGGAAGAAACUUCAGCAACUCAAAUAGAAGCCGUAGGGCAAGAUGACGAUGGUGAUGACGAUGUGCCAAAUCCACAUCAUGACAUUGAUUUCAGUGUGGAGAAAAUCUUCUUCAAAAGAAGAAAUUUCUUCAGCCCGGACAUAUCUCCAUCCGAAGGCAACUCUCCUUUUGGUAUUACUUCUCUUAUGCUGCCAGAAAAUCAGAAAGGGGUGCCUCCCAAAACGAACUCUAACAUAGGUCCAUAUUUUCAGACAUCAAUCCUGGGAUUCUCUCCAGAUUUAAUGGGAGCCUUUGAAGAGUCUAUUGAUUUUGAUUUUGAAAUCCCGGAUAUCUUUAAGGGCCCGUUACCUUUCAGUCAAAAUUCAAAAGAUGCUAAUGAACAGCAGAUUGACCAAAUUCUUUUAUCCCAGAUGGUACAGUACAUUCCUGAUCUUCAAGAGGAUUCCAACUUUACGUUGAAGAAUAUGAAAUUGUUCUUGUCCAACUAUUGGUCUGCCUAUCACCCACAGUUUCCUGUUCUCCAUAAACCUUCUUUUUCAACACCUGACGCUCAUCCUUUACUACUAUUGAGCAUGGCUCUUAUUGGCUCAUCAUUAUGCCAAUCGGCUCCAGCACCUGGUUAUUGGGACUUGAUAGACAGCGAUACCAUCGUUGAGUUAUCAGACAAGAUUGCCAGACCUUUACGGUGGCUUUUACUCUCAUGCCCUGAAGCAGCUCCUCCGUGUAAAUCAUGGUUGAUUCACAGUUUAUUAAUACUCGAGAUGUAUGAAAUAAAUCGAUCAACUCGAGACCUACAUGAAAGAGCAUGCAUUUACAGUGCUACUAAAAUUCAGCUAUUAAGACGAAGUCCAUUUUUGGGAGACCAAAAUGCUAAAAGUUCUCUUGAAAAUUGGAUAGAAAAUGAAUCUAUGCGAAGAGUAGCAUGGGAAGCGUUUUAUGUUGAUACAAUACAAGCCGUGGUUUUUAAUCAUCCUGCCAAUUUGUAUGCAAAUAAUUUAAAGCUUUCACUUCCUUGCCCAGAUGAAUUUUGGGAAACAGAUUCUUCGGAUGCACUAGAUCUUUCACCUUCUUCCCUUAUCCAAAUUCCAACUAUAUCAGAAUCGUUAAGAAAAAUACUUCAGAAUGAGCAUGUGAGCACUGGGUACUUUGGCUACAAGAUUAUUUUAGCUGGUUUACUUAACUUGAUCUUACAAAUGGAACAGACUGAAUCACAAUCAUUGGUAUUGGGUUUGAAAUUGAGCGAAGAUAACAAUUGGCAAGAACUAAUUGCAUCUGCACUAGAAUACUGGAAGUUGUCAGCCCCGAAGACUUCCAAUUUGUGUUCUGAUAAGCUUUGCCAAUAUCCAGAAUAUCAUGCAGCGCAGACUUAUCUAAGAAUUAGACAAUAUGAUUAUUACGUGUACGCCGGUUCUCCUCAUAGGGCUAAUGUGAAGAUUAAUAUGAAAGAUUAUGAGAGUGCAGCUAAAAGAAUCAGCCGCUGGGCUCAAAGCUUAAAUGGGGCAUUAACAGUUGUACAAGCAUACAUCUUACUUUUUGAAAUGAUCGUCCCUUUGAACAGUAAUUCCAAUCAGCAGGUAAUGGUCGAAUAUGAACCUCAAAAGGAUCCUGUAAUCUAUAGACCAAUGGCUGUUCUCGCAACUAUCUUCCCAUUGUGGUGCUAUGUCUUCAAUUUAUAUGGCCCUGAGUCCUCCUUCAAGGCACCUGAUACAGGAUUACAACUCGAAGAUGGUUUUACCCCAAGUGUUGAAGACCCAGGAUCAUAUUUGAGAAGAAUAAGAGAAGAAUUUGGUGUACGAACGGGAAAACCGGUGAACUCUCUUUCGUCGAUGGGCUCAGAAAUGGUGACCUCGACGUUAGCAGAAUAUGCUAAAGCGUUGCCUGAAAUACCCAAAAUAAACAACAUCGUUGGUCUAUUAGUAUUAUUGGCUAGGGGGUAUUCUAAAUCUUCUUCCCAAGUGGCCAAAAGAUUUGGAACUUUGAUAAAGCAUUGCCUGGAUCGGAGCAUGGGUAGCAACAGCGUGUUCUGUGUCGAAUUAAACCUCAUGUAA